ACAGUUAAACCUUAAAUCUGAUUUUCAGAGAUGAGUUUAGUUGUCAUGUUAGAAUGACUGAAUCUAGAAACAAGAUCGCAGGACUAUACGAUCUAGAAGAAACAAUUGGAGAGGGACACUAUGCAGUUGUCAAGCUUGCUCGACACGUGUUUACUGGGGAGAAAGUUGCAGUCAAGGUUAUUGACAAGCAACGGUGGAAUCAGUCCACACAGACUCAGAUGCUGCAAGAAGUUAAACUUAUGAAACUAGUCCAACAUCCUAAUGUGGUUCGUCUAUACGAGGUGAUAGACACCGCGACAAAGCUGUACCUGAUCCUUGAGCUAGGAGAUGGAGGGGAUAUGUACGAUUAUAUCAUGAAGCAUGAGGGAGGAUUAGGGGAGGAAAAAGCAAGAAAAUACUUCAAACAAAUUGUCACAGCUAUACAGUACUGUCACAUGCUUCAUGUUGUACAUAGGGACUUGAAGCCAGAGAACGUGGUGUUCUUUGAGAAGCUGGGCAUGGUGAAGUUGACAGAUUUCGGGUUCAGUAACAAGUUCGAUCCAGGGGAGAGACUGAUGACAAGCUGCGGUAGUCUAGCCUACUCCGCUCCAGAGAUAUUACUAGGAGACGCCUACGAUGCUCCGGCUGUAGACAUUUGGAGCCUUGGGGUCAUCUUGUAUAUGCUGGUUUGUGGGGCAGCUCCCUUUCAGGAGGCCAAUGAUAGUGAGACUCUAACCAUGAUAAUGGAUUGCAACUAUUCUGUUCCUGCGCAUAUAUCUAAACAGUGCCAGAGUCUGAUAUCCAGUAUGCUGUGUCGGGAUCCUAUUAAGAGAGCUACACUUGAACAGAUAUCUACAGAUCCGUGGUUAAUGGCGGAUACCUCAGUUCCUUUAUGGGAUAUGUUACCUCUAGUCACCAGAGAGCAUUUAUCUGAAGAGGACCACGCCCAUAUUCUACAGAAGAUGGUGGCAGGAAAUAUUGCAUCAAGGGAGGUCAUCAUUGAUAGCUUAGACAGGAAUGAUUACAACCACGUAACGGCAACCUACUUCCUGUUGGCAGAACGGAAGUUACGCUCCCAACGUCAAGAUACGGCACGACGCGCUAGAACACAGAAGCGAGCUGUGCAGGCUGGUCAGAGCAAGAAAAAUGAGGGUUCUCCUUCAGCAACUGUAGAAUCCUUACUUUCCCCUCAAGAGAACAAGAAGUCUAACAAUUCUGGUAUAUCAGCCCCUCGUCUUGGAUAUAGGCCCCGGGUUCGUCAGUGCAGUAUAGUAGAGGAGGAAGAGGACGAAGAUGACCAGGAAGAUGUUCUUCAGGGUGGAAUGCCGAUCAAAGGAUUAUCCCGACACAGUUCGACCUCCAGCCUCGCGGAUAAAUCCUCCCCCAGCCUCCAUCUAGACCUCACCCUUGCAUUUGCUGCGCAACGACUUGAAGAAUCUGCCAAUAUACCAACCCCAGCUCCUUUCCCACAAUCUAGUCAAAUAGGAACUGGUUUGAGCCGGCAAAACUCGCUGCGCCGGUCUGGAGAGAAUACCAGCGGUAGUUCGCCAGGUUCUCCCGUGUCUCCGACGAACUCAACUACCAGUCCUGCGAGGUUUAAACUUUCAUCUAGCUCUGGUAGAAAGCUUACCAACGUCAGAUCGACGCCACAAUUGGCGGUGCCGAUACUAAACCAGAUCCACGAGGAGAGCGAGGAUGGCGGCGGUUCACCCGCUGAUAUUUCGGAUAAACCAAGAUUUACCGCCGUAAGUUCGCGACCCAUCGAUGUCCCUAAAAGUACGCCCGGUGUUCCCUUCGGCGCCCCAUCUGGGGCUGCGGUUCUGCGGCGAUUAGAGCAACGGCGCCGUCUUCAUAAAUCACGGACUGCGUCCUGUUCCAGUUCAGAUGCAAGCGACGACGAUUCCGAAAAUAGGAAAAAACGAGGCGGUCGCGGUGGUCUUCCUGGUCUUCGAGAUAGCAACGAUAGCGAUAACCCGGACCAAGGAGAGGGAGGCAGUGCAGGGGGCGGAAACUUUCCUAAUGGUUCUGGUGGCGGAAGCCUGGGUGGAGGCGGAGGCAGCUCUGGCGGAGAUGGGUGUAGUGGAGAGAGUGGGGGCGGAUCCCUGGGCGGAGCUCGACAUUAUAGAAUGCAGAGGAGUUCCGCCAGGGUUCGCCAGAGUUCAAGUCUGAACAGAAUAAGUGAGCUUCACGAGGCCGAUUUUUCUUGUGAAAACCAAGAAACUGACACGCCCUCUGGGACUGCCACUCCCUCCGGAGCAGCCACGCCCUCCGGGACCGAAAUAACCCCGGGGCAGCGACGGCUGGAGCAGCGUCGACAGUUUACGCCGCAGCUCUCUUCCGAAAGUGAGAGCGACCCAACACCUAUUCCGGUUGACCGGGCUGGGCCUGGUGAUCUGGAGAAGGUUGAAGAGGAACAGACUGACACCGGAACUAACGGACCAACAAGCCUACAGGGUGAGGAUGAAGAAGGUCGUCCUCCACAAGCUAACUGUGACCUCUUGACCCGGUACCUUGAGUCCUUGGGUACACGAUCCAUACGAUCCAGAGACGACAGUUUGAAUUCCAGUGAUAGCGAGUAUACUGGAGGAGAAGACUCUGGAGAACUAAGAGAGGGAGGACGGAGAAGAUCGAAGGUGAAUUUGCGUCAGCUGGAGGAGAGACUGAACAUGAUCCAGGAAGAAUGCAAUUACAGGAAUAGUGAUGAAAGUGAUGAUGAGAGGAGUGCAACUAUUGAUGAACCAAGUGACAGGAACGAAGAUGUGGAGGCCAUAGACAAUGAUGAUAAUGACAACCAGGACAAUAAUAACUGCUUCCAGGACAACAACAGCUACCAGGACAACACAACCAGCUUCCAGGACCACACCACCAGCUUCCAGGACCACACUACCAGCCACCAGGACCACACUACCAGCCACCAGGACAACCAGGGAUACAACGGGUACAAGGAGAAGUAUUACGACAUACUGGACAAUUUUGAUUCUGUAUUUUUACGGAUUGAAGAUCUUCUCAACUCAGAUAAGAAGAAUUGCGGCAGGAGCAGGAGUGAAGGUUGGGCGUAUUCUGAUACUGAUGAAACACCUCGUAUCAAGGAUUUGAUCCUCUACCCCCUGGACCAAAUCAAGGUUGGGUUAAAGGAGGUUGAGGUUAACAGAGAUGUAUCCUUUACAACCUCACGAGGACGGCCUAGAUCUGCUCCUCCGAGGCCCGGAGGAAAAACAUUGCACAGGGCACAUAGUUGUGGAUCCCUGAUGGUACGGAAUAGGAAAGUUCCCGGAUUCUGGAAUAUUCUGCAGCAUGAGGUGAAACCUCUUCAAAACAUCGGAUCAAGCGGAAAUGAACUGACCCUGACCUUAUCAAGCGUAGCAGCCCCUCUCUCCCUCAUCCAACUACAGGCUGGAGCUUCGAAGUGUUGCAAUCUUUGCUAGAUCCAGUCUUCCACCCCUCCACCAUAUUCUUAAACAU